GCUUGAUUCUUUGUAAUGCAUGUGUCUUCCCAGAAGAGAUUUUAAAGACAAAAAUGCUGGCCUUUGAAGAAAUGAGGAAGAGACUCGAAGAACAGCAUGCACAGCAACUGUCAAUUCUGAUAGCAGAACAAGAGCGAGAGCAGGAGAAAUUGCAGAAGGAACUGGAGGAACAGGAGAGAAAGGGAAAGAAGAUCGCUACAACAGAAAUAGAAAUUUCCAAAGUGAAUAUUAACAGCAGGAUGGAGUUGGAGUGGAGAAAAAGUGAAAGUGGCUUAGUGGAAAGUGUGCAGUCUCAAGUGGAAACAAUCCAUAACACAAACUCUACAAGCAUUGGUUUUGCUCAUGCUACAUCACCUAACACCUUUACUUCAACAAGUGAAACUUCAUUCUUUCUCUGGGGACCAUCAGGCAGCGGAGUUCUAAAAACCUCAGUAUCUAGGCCAAGUAACAGGAUCAAAACCAGGUGGACCCAGAUUUUCACUCCAGAGAUACAAAUGAAGUUUGAUAAGAUAACUGCUGUGGCAAAGGGGUUUCUUACGCGUCGGCUCCUACAGACAGAGAAACUGAAACAUCUCAAGCAGACUGUAAAAGAUACUAUGGAGUUCAUAAGAAAUUUUCAGUCUGAAGCCCCAUUAAAAAGAGGAAGUGUUUCAGCACAAGAUGCAUCCCUUCAUGAAAGAGUAAUGGCUCAGCUUCGAGCUGCUCUGUAUGAUAUCCAUGACAUAUUUUUCACAAUGGAGGCAUCAGAAAGAAUGAACAUUCUGCGUCAUGAUCGUGAAGUUCGUAAAGAGAAGAUGCUCAGGCAGAUGGAUAAAGUAAAGAGUCCAAGAGAGAGAGCAACACUUUCAACAGCUACGCAGAAAUCUCUGGAUAGGAAAAAGUACAUGAAGGCUUCAGAAAUGGGAAUGCCUAGUAAAAAAAUAGUCAUAAAACAAAGAAGUCCUGAGAGCCGAGUACUUCAACCAAAUCAAGGACAGAAUGCCCCGGUUCAUAGAUUACUUUGCAGACAAGGAACCCCUAAGACCUCAAUGAAGGGGGUUGAGCAAAAUAGAAAGAAGGCCUCAGAGAGCAGAGUGUCUAACAAGGCGGUUUCAGGAGCAUAUGCAGGAAGAACCCAAAGAAAGAAGCCAAAUGUUGUGACAAUUUAAGACGACAGCACUCACUAGGAUGAACAGGCUGUUCUUUAAUGAUGGUAUUCUCAGCACUGAUCCAUGUAUUUCAUCUCUUGAAUGCAUAGUUAUAUUUUGAAAUGAUAAGCCAACUUUGUCUUUUCCAGAGGAUGACAUAUUAAUGCAAUCGUAUUGAAGUAAUAAAGAGCUGUAAAGCUCUAACCUUGUGUGAAAAUUGCAUGUUAUAAGUUGUGUAUGCAGUAGUGUACAUGUAUAAGAUUCAUAAUAUUAUUCAAGUAAGACCACAGAGCAUCAUUAAGUUAAUUUGGGACAUCGUAUGUUCUAACUUUGUAUCUUCAACACGAUUCUUGUAUUAUUUAAGAUGGCAAAUUCUCUGUAUGGUUUGCCACCAUAAUAAGUCACGCACAUACAGUUUUAGUUUCUCACCAUAUACUUAAAGCAGUUACACAAGGAAAAAAAAUCCCUUAAAACUGAAUUCUUCAGUCUGAAUUUGUCAGCAGCUGUUGUGAAUGUAUUUGUGUGAAUGCAGUUACAUCACUUCACACAUUAAUGGCCUCAAUUUGUUGCAAUUGUGCUGAGUUGGACACGGAUCCAGACAGGUGUACUUCCAUUCUUUAUAGAAACUGCAGAUUUAUACAUAUCAUAGAUCAAACCACUGUGCUGGGUGUCCUAGGAUUUUUAUUCCUUGCUAUCUGUGGCAUUUCCUUAUGGAAACAGCUUUUGGGCCGGAUGCAGAGAAGCAUAUGUUCAACAAAAAUUUGAGAAGGCAAGAUUUUAAUUGUUUUACCAUUUCAGACUUGCACACAAUUGUCUAUAAUAAUAAUUAAUAUGCCUUAUGUUUCGUUUAUGACAGUUGCCAUUUUUCUAAGCAGUUUCUCUUGUACCAUUAUCUAACAUCUCUUAUACUGAAAUGAAAUCAUGUUUCCUGAAUUCAAGGGGAAGAAAAUCCCUACCAAAAUCCUACAAAAACACCCAUAUUUAAGAAAAUGGAACACUGAAAGAUGAUGAUCAAGGCAAAAUAUGGGCAUCAUACUGAUGGGUGUUAUGCUUCAGCCUGAGGGGAGCAUAAGUCUGGAAGUUUGUUUAUUUACGUCUCUAGGGAUACAACUUUCAGACAGGGUAGGUUGUUAACAUUAGAAGUAAAUAGAGAGAAGCUUGGCUGUUGCAGUCUGUGCAGUACUGUUUUUUGGUUUUCUGUUAGAGUAAUGCUAGGAAACUGAUCGUCUGAAAGUGAAGUCAUUUUGUUUUUUUCCCAGUGUCAAAACAGUGCAACACAGUGGGGCCUGUGUAACAUUUUCUCACUGAUAUGAGGGGGAAAAAGUGUGAUCAAUAACCUAAUUUGCAACCACUAUAAAAAAAAGAACAUUAGCAGUUGGAUGAAAAGAGUAUCUUUAGGGACAAUGGUGGAUUAGCUGGCUUGGUUGUGGCGGUAGUUGUGAGUUGCAUCAGUAAGUCUGUCCUCCACAGCUGGUGGCAGUGCUAAAUGUUUCCUAACAGGUGAUACCAAAUUGUAUGCUUAGAAAUCUGAGGCAAAAGGCUGCUGAAAGGCUUUGGAGGUGGAUGCUGCUUAGCGGCUCUGCUGUGGCUCUAAGGUGCGUUCCCUGCUGGUGUAAAUGCAAAAGCUUACACCACUAAAGUACCUGCUGCCCUCAUAGCAAUUUGGUGGGGUUUUUUUUCUUUUUUUAAGAAAAAAAUUGCGAUCCAAAAAAUGCCAGAUGUUUCCUGCUAAUUCAGCAGUUAUCAAAUGUCUGCUUUGGCUCCCACCUUUCCUGUGUUUGGAUAAUCAUAGGAUGGGAGUGGAAAACAUCUGAGGGAAAAGAACAGAGUGUGACCCGUGUCAUGGGUGACACAAAAGCCUGCUGUGGCUGUAUCAGUGCUAAGGUUGGUGUAUUUAAAGGGUGUUUUAUAUACUGUAAGUAUUGUUAGAAUAGGCAGUGUGUUGAUAUAAAAGUAGUGUUAGUAAACGUGAGUGCUUACCUCCAGGUUUCACAUCUGAACCUCUUUUACUUCCAGCAUGUUUCUGGUCUGUGUAACAAGGUGUUGUACUGCAAGUUGUUUGUUUGAACUUUCAUGAGGCCUUUCUCUUGACAAGUGCCAGAAUUUGGUUUUGUACUUAUUAUGUUUAUUUAUACAUAUUUAAUUUUAUCUGACUUUAUUUUGUGUGUGGUUGUAAUAUCAUCAUAAAAGCGUAUUUAUUUUUGUACUUUUCCAUUUUCACCAGGCUUGCUUUUUACUUAAGCAUACUACACAAUAAACUUGCAAUCUUUAAAAAGAC